AUAGUUUGACACCUCUAGUAAGUUGUGUUUUUGUGCCUCUUGAACGCGAUAAAUUAAAACGCAAAAAAUUAGCUAAUUAUAGAAAAAAACGAAGUGUAGUAAAACUCAUCACAUAUUAUUAUGAACAAAGGAAAAUAAAACUUUAUCUUCGAGAAUGCAAAUCACGCUGUGAAAUAGUUAAAUUUUACUCUUUCGAGAGCGCUCCGCUAAACGUAAACAUCACACAAGUGUGGAGAAACUGCUGCUAACGUCGAAAACUUUCACACAUUUCAUCAAAAUAUAGCAGCAAAGGGCUUUAAGUCACUCUUUGUUUGGAAGUCGGUUGCGGUUGGCAUUCAAUCACUGAAUCAGUAGCGGCAGCAAAUCAUUGCAGCUCAGUAUUCAACUUGGAUGAAGUGAAGGCAGUAAGAGCGCUCUUGAGCGAAGAACGAAAAAUUUAACUACAUUAACUUCGAACCGUAAACGCAGUUUUGUUAUAUUAUAUUUGAGUGCACAAAACGAACAAGUAUUGGUGAUUAGUCGCUGCUGAGGCGGGUUUAGAAAACUAAAUUACUAACGAUAACGCGAUAAAUAUAUAGGAUUAAGGAAAUUCCAAUACGUAUUCUGUAAUUAUAUGAAAAUGCAGUCAGACGAAGAGAGCUUGUAUGACCCUGAAGCGGCUGAUGAAUCCACCCAGGUGCUAGAUGCAGCUGCGGGCAGAGUGGAAAACAGUGGGGGGACACCGUCUACAGCAACAGCACAUAGCAGUCGAACAAGCAGUAAUCACAGUGACGAUUCAACCAGUAAAGACGAUGUAACUGCUGACUCCAAUAAUACAACGCUCAAUACAACAACUCGCAAACGCUGGUUUAUCUUGGAGCCCGCGGUAUUUCUGGUCUUUCUCGCUAUGUACUUGUCGGGGGCGGUUUAUCAGAACCAAAUUUUAUACCAGACUUGCGUAGCGAUAUACAAAUACAAUGAGAGCGACUGUCAGCCGCUUUUGGGUGUAAGCAGGGAAACGAAAGAAGCACAGGAAAUCGAAACUCGCGUGCAGCCAUAUGUCGCGCGUAUUCUUAUGGCUCGCUCGCUGUUGGAGAGCAUCAUUCCGGCAUUUGUCAGUUUAUUCGUCGGCCCGUGGUCAGAUAAAUUUGGACGUCGCCCCAUCAUAGUUGCCACCUAUACGGGUUACCUCACUGGAUCCAUAAUACUAACGGUUCUAGCUUUCAUUGCGAGCAAAGUUGUAAUUAGCCCUUGGCUAUUUCUAUUGUCUUCCGUGCCCUCGGUGCUUAGUGGUGGAACCUGCGCUCUUAUCACUGGCAUUUACUGCUACAUAUCAGAUGUGGCCAAGGAGAAGGCGCGUGCAGUGCGCAUGGUCAUGAACGAAGCAUCCCUUUUGGCCGGCAUGAUGGCUGGCAACGUGUUAAGUGGUUAUGUGUACGCAGCCACAAAUGUUGUAACAGUUUUUGGCAUAUCUGCGCUGUUGAUGUUACUCGCCUUGCUUUAUGUGUUCAUAUUUGUAGUGGAAAGUCUGCGGCCUGAUCAAAUACACACGGGCUCCAAAGUACGUGAGUUCUUCCGCUUUGAUUUGGUGAAGGACUUAGUGCAUACCUGCUUCGAACGACGACCGAGCUUUGAUCGCGCCAUUAUUUGGCUAACAAUGAUUACGCUGACGAUUGCAUUGUUCACCAUGGAGGGAGACAGCAAUGUAACGUAUCUAUUUUUCCGAGCGAAAUUUGAGUGGACCCUCAAGGACUAUACGCUGUUCAAUGCUGCGCGCAUUGUUGUACAAAUCAUUGGCAGCAUUUUCGCUCUAAUUUUAUUGCGAAAGGUUCUGAAAGUCUCGAUUGUGUCCAUGACAAUGCUUUCCUUGGCUUGCUGUGUGCUGGAGAGCACAGUUCGUGCCACUGCCAUGUAUUGGUGGGAGCUGUAUUUGGGCAUGAUACUCGGCGGCAUGCGGGGCAUAAUGGGACCAAUGGCGCGUGCCAUACUGUCGCAUGUGGCGCCGCCGACGGAAGUUGGAAAAAUAUUCGCCUUCACCACUUCUUUGGAGUCGCUUUCACCGCUUGGCGCUGCGCCGCUCUACACGACUGUAUACGACAUGACGCUAGAAUUUUAUCCAGGGAUUUUUAAUUUCAUCAGUGCUGGGCUGUAUACGCUUUGUUUUACGUUAAUUGCCGUUAUUUAUGGCAUUCAAAAAUCGCUGGGCAAUACCGCGGCAUAUCAAGCAAUCGGUAGUUAAGAUACAAAGUCACAAAUAGCAUUAUUUUGUUUCUGUGUUGCUCUUUUUAAGCCACGUUUGUGCAUAUCCCAAUAUACAUACAUAUGUAGUAUGUAGCUAGCUAAUUAUCCCAUGUGAUGCGCGAAUACUACCUAAACCUAAGUAUUAUUUUAAAGGAAAGGAAAAAAGCGAUUUUCGAAAUACCCGUUCAUAAAUUUAUAUAAAGACCAUAUUUUUAUAAAAACUUGAAGCAGUUUGAAAACUGCGGAAUUUACAAAAAUGUAUAUAACUGUAUAUUUUAUUCUUAUUUAUAUUUGACUAAAAGUUUUGUCACAAAGAAAUGUAAAAAGUUGUUAAUAAUGUUUGUAAUCU